AUGGCUCUUCUUUACCUUGCUGCUGGCCUCCUCGCCGUUGCUGCUCCGACGUCAGCGUGGACUAUUGAUGUGCCGGCGUCGGCACCGACAAAUGCAAGCGCUCAGCUGAUUGAUGCACCAGUGGGCCUUUCUCUGGAGUUUUUCACAUUUCCGGCUUACAUGAACGAUGUCGAUGCAACCAAAACCUGCCUUCAGAACCUCAAGGAACUGACCGGGACCUGGCCACCACUGCGAAUUGGCGGCACCACACAAGAUCGUGCGACGUAUGAUGCGUCUUCCAGCAGCGCGGUCACCUAUACAGUAUCCGAUCCAGCAGAUGCACCGUCAUCACUUACAUUUGGCCCGCCAUUCAUGUCCCUGGCUGCCAGCUACGGCGGCCAGGUUAUUGUGGGUCUUAAUCGCCGUCUGAACAAUCAGUCCAAUACGAUUGCCGCAGCGGCUCUGGCCAAAGAUACAAUCAACAAUCUCUAUGCCAUAGAGCUUGGAAAUGAACCAAAUUUCUUUUCCGACAGCGACCCCAUUGCAGACGGCGCGUCAUGGGACGCUGCAGCCGACUACAAAUCCCAGGUAGCUUGGCAGGAUGCAGUUUGCCAGAAUCUGUCCGCAUCAGGUCUCAUUUCCGCGGGUGUCUACUUUGGCACCUCGCCGAUGAGUAUCACCGGCUUAUCCUCUGUUGAGGGUGAAGCCAACGACCUUGUCAAGGACUACUGCUCGCACAAUUAUCCCCAGUCGCCAAGCACUGCCGAUUUGGCCGGUCUAAUGAGCCACAGUGGUAUUGCAUCGCAAAUCCAACCCUUUGCCUCCGAAGCUGCAGCUGCAGCUGCAAAAGGCAAAGCUCACAUUUUUGGAGAAACUAACUCUGCGACUCAGGGGGGCGGGGGGAUUAGCCCAACAUACGGUGCUGGUCUUUGGAUCCUAGACUACGUGAUGCAAACUCUUCUUUUAGGCACACAGGCUCUUUACUUCCACCAGGGCACCAUAGGUAACUGCCCAUACUGCUGGUGGGGUCGCUACAAUAUGGGCGCACCCUAUUAUGGCGCCUAUUUUGCGACGAUGGCUCUGGCCAAUGCAGACCAGAUCGCUCCUCUAGACGACCAGACAACCCCGUACGCCGCAUACGCAAUCUACCAAGACGGCGCUCCGUCUAGGAUACUUUUGUACAAUUCAGAUUACUAUACCAAUGGCACACGCCCGUCGCAGUCCUUCACGCUGAACGGACUAACCUCCUCUAGCGUCACCGCAAAGCGGCUAACCGCACCCUAUUCUACGUCUCGAGUUGAUCAGGGCCAGGUUCCUACUGUUGCAGGCCAGACAUUUGCAAACGGAACCUGCGUGAUCCAGGGUGAUGAAGUCAUAGAAACAAGUACCGUGUCUUCCGGUUCAGCCACAUUUACAGUCGGCGCCUCAGAGGCUUUACUUAUCUAUCUCUAA